AUGGCCUCGCAGAUGACCAGCAGGUACACGUGGGUGUCUCAGAAGUUUUCGCAGGAUGGGGGGGCGAGGCAGAUCGACAGCGCCAGGGGCGACCAGUCGGCGCUCUGGUCCCUCGUCGGCAGCCGCGUGCCAUCCGAGUCCUUGUCGCUCACGAGGGCCGCCCGCCGGCGGCAGCGGCUGGAGGAUGUCCUCGAGGAGAGCGCGGAGGCCCAGGCCGCCGAGGCCGCCGAGGCCGAGGGGGGUUCCUCGAGCAGCCGGAGCGCCGCCGGGACCGACCGCCUCGGCGAGCGGCCAGCCCGACGCCGCGAGGGUCUGUCCCGAGGCGCCGGCCCCUCGGCCCGCGGAGCCGGAGGUCCGCUUCGUGAGCACGAGGACUCGAAAGCCACGAUCUGGAAGGGCCACACAACCGACGGGGUACCCGCUCGCCGCUCUUUCCACGAGGUCCAGCGGCGCCCCUCCCCCGCCGGUGAGGCCGCGCAGGGGCCGCUGCGCGUGCGGACUCCGCGCGUGCGGCAGGCGAGGGGGGCGACGGGCGCGGCCGAGGUGGCGGAGAGAGCCUCUCGCCGCUGCCGCCGCCCCCGCGCCUGA